AUGCGCGGGCUCCCUUUGGACUUAAACCUCGCGAGAUCUGUGUCCUUGUCGCUCUUGGGCAGCCUUUACACACUUCUCGCGAGAUCUGCUUCGCUGUGGAGAGAUAUAUUUCCCGGCGUGCCCCGCUCCCUCCUUUUCUCCUCAGCGCCGCCGGACAAGAUGCCGAAGGGGAAGAAGGCCAAGGGGAAGAAGGUGGCGCCGGCGCCCGCCGUGGUCAAGAAGCAGGAGGCCAAGAAGGUCGUCAACCCGCUCUUCGAGAAGCGGCCCAAGAACUUCGGCAUCGGGCAGGACAUCCAGCCCAAGCGGGACUUGACGCGCUUUGUGAAGUGGCCGCGCUACAUCCGGCUCCAGCGCCAGAGGGCCAUCCUCUACAAGCGGCUCAAGGUGCCCCCCGCCAUCAACCAGUUCACCCAGGCCCUGGACCGACAGACAGCUGUCCAGCUCCUGAAGCUGGCCCACAAGUACCGGCCGGAGACCAAGCAGGAGAAGAAGCAGCGGCUGGUGGCCCGGGCCGAGCAGAAGGCGGCCGGGAAGGGGGAUGUCCCCACCAAAAGGCCACCCGUCCUCAGGGCAGGGGUCAACACUGUGACCACGCUGGUGGAGAACAAGAAAGCCCAGCUGGUGGUCAUCGCCCACGAUGUGGACCCCGUUGAGCUGGUGGUCUUCCUGCCGGCCCUGUGCCGGAAGAUGGGCGUCCCGUACUGCAUCAUCAAGGGCAAGGCCCGCCUGGGCCGCCUCGUCCACCGCAAGACCUGCACCUGCCUGGCCUUCACCCAAGUGAACCCGGAGGACAAGGGAGCCUUGGCCAAACUGGUGGAAGCCGUCAAGACCAAUUACAACGAGAGAUACGACGAGAUCCGCCGCCACUGGGGCGGGAACGUCUUGGGGCCGAAGUCGGUGGCCCGUAUCGCGAAAUUGGAGAAGGCAAAAGCCAAGGAAUUGGCCACGAAACUCGGGUAGAGGGCCCUUCAUUCUGGUUUUUUCUGUACAUACAAAUAAAAAGCCUGGACAGAAAA